UCAUGAUUCUCAUCUCAUCUCCUCUGAUCUCAUCUACAUAUCCGUCACGAUAACCGGGCGUUCAACUCAAACACAAUUUUGCUUCCUUUUUGCAAGAUGCAGAGAGCAAAAGUUCUGGCUAUGGAGAAGAUGAAGAGGAUCUUCCAAAGCACACUAUCUCACAGAAAUUACCACCCGAGGCAUCGCUGCCUCUCCCAGCUAGCCCAUUCACAUACCCAAAGCGUUCUCAAAGAGAACGAUGAUUUUCUCAUACCCAAAAUGCCCCACUUCGAUUACACUCCACCACCCUAUACUGGCCCAUCUGCAGCUGAGAUCUCGAAGAAGCGCAAGGAGUACCUCAGCCCUUCCAUAGUGCACUUAUUCAAGAACCCUUUGAAUUUGGUUGAUGGGAAAAUGCAGUAUUUGUAUGACGAAAAUGGCCGUAGGUAUCUGGAUGCCUUUGGUGGAAUAGCCACUGUGUGUUGUGGCCACUGUCAUCCGGAUGUGGUGGCAGCAAUUAUUAACCAAACAAAGCGCUUGCAGCAUUCCACGGUUCUGUAUCUUAAUCAUGCCAUUGCAGACUUUGCAGAGGCUCUGGCAUCUAAGCUGCCCGGAGAUCUCAAGGUUGUUUUCUUCACAAAUUCUGGGACUGAAGCUAACGAACUGGCUUUGAUGAUGGCACGGUUGUAUACGGGCUGCCAUGAUAUCAUUUCACUUAGAAACGGGUAUCAUGGGAAUGCAGCUGGGACGAUGGGAGCUACUGCUCAAAGUAAUUACAAAUUCAAUACUGUUCAGAUUGGAGUUCAUCAUGCCCUGAACCCGGACCAGUAUCGAGGGGUGUUUGGUUCAGAUGGAGUAAAAUAUGCUGGGGAUGUUCAAGAGAUAAUUGACUAUGGAACUUGCGGUCGCGUAGCUGGAUUUAUUGCAGAAGCCAUACAGGGAGUAGGUGGGAUUCUGGAGUUGGCUCCUGGUUACCUGCCAGCUGUUUAUAGUAGUAUUAGAAAGGCAGGGGGCCUCUGUAUAGCUGAUGAGGUUCAGUCAGGGUUUGCUCGGACAGGCAGUCAUUUCUGGGGCUUCGAGGCACAUGAUGUUGUGCCUGAUAUUGUGACUAUGGCAAAGGGAAUUGGAAAUGGCAUUCCCAUUGGUGCAGUGGUAACAACUCCUGAGAUUGCAAAGGUCUUGACAUACCGCACUUACUUUAACACGUUUGGGGGAAACCCUGUAUGCGCUGCUGGUGGUUUAGCUGUUCUGAGAGUAAUUGAGAAGGAAAAGCUUCAGCAGAAUGCAUUCGUUGUCGGGUCAUAUCUGAAAGAGCGUCUUACUUCCCUUAAGGACAAGCACGAAAUUAUUGGGGACGUGAGGGGAAGAGGUUUGAUGCUUGGAAUUGAACUCGUAACUGACCGUCAGCUAAAAACUCCAGCAAAGGCUGAAAUUUUACAUCUUAUGGACCAGAUGAAAGAAUUGGGAGUGCUGGUCGGGAAGGGGGGGUUUCAUGGAAAUGUAUUUAGGAUCACACCUCCCCUCUGCUUCACUAAGGAAGAUGCUGAUUUUCUUGUGGACGUGAUGGACUACACACUUUCAAAGAUGUGAAGUCUACAAGGAUCAAGUGUCAAGGUCGAUUAUGCAUUAUGAGUCUCUAUUUAACCAUCAAUAUAAUGGAUUGUUUUUAUGUGUAUCUAUAUCUGAUCGUCUGCUGGUAAUGUAAGUUGUUCAUGCACGUUCCGGUUUCUAUGGAAUAAAAUGCUCUAGUCUUGCUGGAAGCUGAUGAGACACCACCUCGUUGUCUCUCUCUUCUUUUGCAGC